AUGACGGAUGAAAAUGUAACUGAUAGUGAAGCGAAUAAUGAUAAUACCAACGGGAUAGUAGAGAACUACCAUCAACUACCACCACCACCACCACCACCUCCGCCACCUCUGUUAACACCAUUAAAAACAAUAUUAGAAACAAGUUGUAAUUCGACUAUUGAACGUAGUAUUCAUAAUGUAUUACGUAAACAUUUUCUUGAACAAAGACCCAUAACAUGGAAACCAAUCAAAGUUGAAUUAAUUGUUAAUACACAAUUGACGGAUGAUUUUUUUCUGAUACGAAAAAGAUUUGAAAAAGGAUCUGGUGGUAAUCGAUAUGAAUUCGAAGAACAUUAUGGAUUUCUAAUAGAAAAUGAUGCACAAGUAUCUGACAUAUGUAAUAAUGGAUAUCAUUGUACAGAAACAUCAUUCAAUGUUCUAGGUCACAGUAAAUGUGGUGUAUACGUUUGCAAAUAUGCUGAUGUAUGCAUUCGACAAGCGAGUGUUCGACGAACAUGGGAAGGAAGUAUGACAAUAAAAAUGAUUAUUUUUAAAAUUGUUGAAGGAAAACAAACAGCAGCACUUGUUCGAAAAGGACCUAAAUUACAACCAAUUGCACCCACACCUCAAUUUACAAGUCACUGUUCAGUGAUUACACCUAAGGAAACAGAUGAUUUAGAAAAACAAUUCGACCAAUCACAAAUUUUCCUAUAUGAAUUCGAAGGUCGAGAAACAAUUAAACGACCUCAUCAUUGUUUACCUUAUGCUAUUGUUAGUCUGAUACAAGAUGGAACUCAAUGGCCAGUAAAUUUCGAUAAUUUCGAUGCCGAACUAGACGUAUUAGAGACGGAUACAUUACGAGUCAUUGCACAAACAGAUGAUCAAUUAUUACAAAAUAAAUUAAAAGAAAAUAUUGAAUUAGCUGAAGCAGCUACACGUGCUUUAGAACAUAUUUAUGAAGAAGAACCAUUACCACCACCACCACCACCCACUGUAGCAGAUCAUGUUCAUUCACCAUCAACAAAUGCAGAAAUCCUAUUAACAACAACAAUGUCCGACAAUACAUCUGUAUCCGUAGUUAAUGGCAUAGCAACAUCAGCAUCUUUAACAAUAUCUAAUGACAAUCCAUCCGCAACAUCACCAUCUUCAAUAGUAGUAUCAACAAAUAAUACUGAUGCUUCAUUAAAUUCGUUAGUACCACCACCACCACCACCUCCAUCAUCGUCAACAGUAACAAUAGUUGCAACUUCAAAAACACCAGCUACAGCUGUCGCAACUACAAUACCAUUAACUCAUUCAGCAGCAGCUGUUCAAGCAGCUUAUCGACAACAAACAAGUCUCUUAGGUGCACUACCAAGUGCAGCUGCUCUACGAGGAGCAUCUAAUGCUGUAUAUUCUGCACCAGCUGGUUUUGCCAAUGGUAUGAAUGGAUCAAUACUUUAUGGCGGUGUUUCAUUAGAUGCUCUUCGUGGGUAUUCAACAGGAACUACUGGUACUUCUCCAUAUGUAUUUGCUACACAUGCUGGUCAAUCACUACAACAACCAGCACUCUAUGCUGCUCAAUUACAAGCUGUUGCUCAGCAACAACAAGCGGUUCAAUUCGCAGCAGCUCAACAGCAGCAGCAACAGCAACAACAAAAUCUAAUUAACAGUAUUCCAGCUGGUUAUAUGCUUGUACGCACAGCGAAUGGUGGCUAUGCGCUACUUGGGAAUCCAACAGGAGCAUCAACUGCGACAAUGCAACCACAAGCACAAGCAUCACUUGCACAACAACAAUAUAUUUCUUUCAAUGCUGCUGGCCAACCUACAGCAGCUACAUCACGAUAUCCAGUAGCUAUGGUUGGUGGACAAUCACAACAAUUGGUCUAUCAAUAUGCUGGGCAACCAACUGGACAAGCAACUCCCACACAAUAUAUUCAAGUACCAGCUAAUUAUGUACAACAACAAUUAUCUACAAGUCCUAUUAUGCAAGCAGCAGCUUCAACUGGUUCACAAGCUUAUGCGAGUCAAAUACCGACUGAAUAUAUCGGAAUACCACAAGCAGUUAAUAAUAAUAAUAAUAAUAAUAAUAAUAAUAAUAAUAAUAAUAAUAUAAAUACUUCUUCACCAAAUACUUCUUCAAUAGUUUCAUCAUCAAAUGUAGCAACAUCUUCCUCAUCAGCUCAAUCUCAACAAGCAUCUACUCUAAUAUCACCGCAAAAGCAAAGUGCUGCUUCAGCAACAGCUGCGGCUCUUCAACAACAACAACAAUAUCAGCAUUCUCAAUAUGCACAACAUAAUCAACAACAACCAGUAAAUAGUGCUCAUGGUGCUAAUGUUUAUUAUGCAGCCAUAGCUCAAGCACAAGCUCAACUUACUGCACAAGUGCAAGCACAACAACAACAACAAGUGGCUGCUGCAUACUCACAGCAGCAGCAGCAGCAACAACAACAACUAAAUUUUAUUUCACAAAUGCAAUACGGAACUCAACAAGGUGUUCCACAACAAAUGUAUUAUGCAACAUCCGGUGGUCAAACCAUCUAUCAAGCAGGUGGUCAAAGCUAUGUGCUUGCUCAAGCAGCUCCAACAGCCGGCACAACAACAACUACUGGAGCUCCAGCGAUGUAUUCUGCAGGUCCUGCAUUACAUAAUGGUUCGGCUCAACAGCAAAGUCAACAACAUGCAUCUCAAUCUCAGCAGCAGCAACAGCAGCAGCAACAACAGCAACAACAACAACAACAACAACAACAACAACAACAGCAACAACAACUAGCAUAUCAAAUAGCUGCUGCAACUGGUCAAUCGGCUGCUGCAGCAUAUCAAAUGAUAAAUGCAAGCGUAGCCUCUCAACAACAAACAACAGCAGCUGCAGGUGUUGUAGCUCAACAACCUGCCCAACUUGUCCAACGUUCAAGUGUAUUACCACAAGUCCGACAUCAUCCGUAUAGAAAUUAA